GAGCAGCACAUACACGGAACAGCACAGCCGUCUGAAGAGAAUUACAUUACAGACUACCACAAUGGCUUUGUAUUGAUAUAUCAAUGAAAUGAUAAUUUCACGUAAAUUGCAUCAUUUCUGUUAUUUUUUAACAGUGAUGGCAUAGAGGUAGCUAAGAACAUGUUUAUAUCUGAAUGAACUGAGUGAAAUCAUCAACGAUGAUGGAACAAUCUAUUGAGCACAGCUUAUUAUGUGAAAUAUUAUGGACACAUGAGUUGCGUGUUGCUUGCAAUUUGUGCUGCAGGAAACAAACAGAAAUCACAUACCGGCCUAUUUUCAACGAUCACCAGUGCUCUGGAGAUAUACUUCUUGCCCGACAGAAAGGUAGCACAGAAAUAUGGAAGCACAUAUCAAAACGACCAGAGUACCCCAGUCCACAGACGUACGCAGUGUGCUGGCAUUUUGUGGAUGGACAGGGAUGCACAAAGCACAGUCACCGCUGCUCCUUCGCAAGAAGCGCAGAGGAGGCCGCAGUGUGGAACUUCCAAAAGCGCAGCAACCUGGAACUCCACCAGCUCAAACACCUGAUUGGACAAAUGCAGUUUCCAAACCGCAGGACCCAAGUGAGGUCUCUCAGUGCAGUGGAGAAGAUCCAGCUCCAGUUCCCGGGCGCGUUUUUCGAGCUCUGCAAACUCUGCUUCCACAGUCACCCUCCGGUAGCAAGCCUCAGGGGACUUUGCAGAAGUGGGCAUCCGUGGAGCCCUUUAAUGGUUUUUUACCAAGAACUCGAGCGCGGACAUGUGGAAUGGAGCGAAAUUCGACCUUUGCCCUCUUCGAGAUUUUCCAAUUACCUGUACUGUUUGUAUGUGCUGAGAGAGGAGCCGUGCCAGCAUGGGCUCGAGCGGUGCAAUUUCGCCCACAACGCGGUAGAGAUGGCGGUGUGGACGGCAGAGAGGCAAGAAGGCCUGAGGCGCCUCGAGCUGAUCUGGCAGCCGCCGAACGCCUCGCAGCAGGUCGCAACUUCCCCGCCGCGGCAGAGACUCUACUGUAAACCCUGCAAACGGGAAUUCUCCUCGGAAGACAGGUUCAUGAACCACUGCGCCUCCCUCGAUCAUGAGAGGAUGAUCCAGGAGGACGUGGUCACCGAGUGGAAAUACCGCCCCCCGCCUGUGAACGUCAACCUGGUCUUACAGCUGUGCACAAGCCCUUAUACCUGUGUGUAUGGAGACAACUGUAUCCAGGCUCACUCGGUGGAAGAACUGCAGGAGUGGCGGAUGAGGGACAGGACCGCGAGAAGGAAAGCUAAGGCAGCAGAUGAGCAGGGCUUGCUGUCGUACCAGGAACGCUUGCUGAGGGAGUACAGGAACAGCCUCAACGAGGUUCUCAUUAUGUCUGAGAAGGUACCUGGUGUCACUGUCAGCUGUGACAAGGAUUUGACUGUUCUUGGCCGAGACCUCUUGCCUCUUAAAUGGACUUUCAAAAUACAGUCAGAGACGCCCCUUGUGGAAGUUGCAUUGCUGAAACAAGAUCCUGGAGCAACAUUCACUCUGGGUGAAAUUACCCCUGAAGAUCCUUGCACCUACUCAAAAGGACAAAUGUUCUGCUGUCCUGACAUGUCCUAUGACAUUCCCGUGUCAUGCAAACCCUUACACCCAGGCCUUUAUGAGCAGUGGGUGGUGUUUGACUUUGAUACGAGGCCAGUACUGCUGCAGAAGCUUGAGGUGAGGGUGGGUGAGCAGAGCUCCAUCUGUCCUGUGAGGAUGAAGGAGGACGUCAGGCCUCCAGGUCAGAGUUUGGAGCGCUGGCACCAGGGAAACAGAGUCAUUGUUCCCUGUCUGAACAAGAGAGAGGCUGAGGGAAACCUUCUGCAGCAGUACAAGCCUCCUCAGAUAAACCUGUUGUUUAACCCGAGAUCUGAAGCCAACAUUCCCAUCACGGUUCAUAACUACAGAGAGAGAAUGCACCACUUCCUGUACAAAGAAGAACUGGCUCAAGAAGAGGUGGUGUCCAGGCUGAGUCUCAAAGUGACCAUCUCCUUGUUUGCCAAACUCACUGUCGGCGAGUCUGAGAAGAAAGCUCCACGUGGAGUCCUAUUUGCUGCUGUUCCAGUGCCUUACCUGCUGACUCCUGACACACCAGAGGGCUUUAUCCUAAAGAGGGAAGUCAAGUCAGCUCUAGUUGCGCCUCCAUCUGAGGCACACCAGUGUCAGAAUGUGUAUGAGGCAAUCAUCCUUCCAGAGGUCAAUAAGGACAGAAUGUACCUGCAGCUCUCAAAAAGUUGCUGCACCAAGCUUAAUCUAAAGACUAACACCACCUGUGAGAUGGAGGUCCAGUUUCAGCUGAACCGCCAACAAUUCUGUGAGAUGCACAAGGCUGUAGACCUUCUACCAGAUGUAGAGUGGGUUUUGCCAGACCUGAAGAAGAGCUCUGUCCCAGUGCACACAGGAAAAUACCCCAGUCUCAAUUCAAAGCAGCAAGCAGCUAUAGCUUUCAUCAUUGGAGAUCCAGAUAGCAUGAAGACUGUGGCGCCGCUCCUAAUCUAUGGACCCUUUGGAACAGGGAAGACCUUCACCCUGGCCACUGCAGUAAAAGAGCUGGUACAACAACCUGGAACCAAAGUUUUGAUCUGUACCCAUACUAACAGCUCUGCAGAUUUAUAUGUCAAGGAUUACUUCCAUCAGUAUGUACUUUCUGGAUGUACUAGAGCAACACCUCUCAGAAUAAAGACACAGUGGACGCGUGUGAGGGCCACUGAUCGGGUCACAUUAAAGUACUGCAAUUUGUCUCCUGAUAAACAAUCUUUUGAGUUUCCGGACAUGACCACUCUGAGCAAGUUCAAAAUUGUCAUAACAACAACAGUCACGGCUAGGCUCUUCCACAACAUAAAUCUUCCAGCUGGUUACUUCACCCACAUUCUGAUUGACGAGGCCUCGCAGAUGCUAGAGUGUGAAGCUCUGAUGCCCCUCACUCUGGCAGGGCAAGGAACACGGGUGGUUUUGGCUGGAGAUCACAUGCAGAUGGGUCCGAAGCUCUUCUCAGUGGACGAGGACCAGCGCUCCAACCACACCCUGCUCAAUCGCCUCUUCCAUCGCUACCAAGCCGAAGAGGACCAGAGCGUGGCUUCAAAAAGCAGAAUCAUCUUCAACGAAAACUACCGCUCCACUAAAGACAUAGUGGAGUUUGUGUCUACUCACUUCUAUGUAGGCAAGAGUGAUGCCAUCAAGGCCUGCGGAAAUGUGCCCCCUCACCCUCAGUACCAUCCUCUGAGAUUCUAUCACAUUCAUGGGGAGUGCCAUUUGGACACAUCAACUAUGUCCUGGUACAAUCAUGAGGAGGUUGCUUGUGUUGUAGAUGUUGUACAAAAACUGAUUAAAGAAUGGCCACCUCAGUGGGGGAAUCAGGAACAGAAGAUGAUAUGUGUUCUCUCUGAAGGAAUGCAGGUUUUCCAAAUCAGGGAGGAGUUAUGGAAGCUAAGAUUAGGAGCAGUAACUGUGGAGAAUUCACAAAAUGUGCAAGGCAAACAGUUUAGAGCUAUAGUGAUGUCUACUAUUCAUACUCGAGAAAGCCUGAAGACUUAUGACAUUGCUUGCCUGGAGUUCUUCAACGAUCCACGGGUGAUGAACACAGUCAUGACCAGAGCACAGUCCCAGGUCAUUGUGGUGGGAGAUGCUGCAGCUCUCUGCUCCUUUGGAAAGUGCUCAAGGAUCUGGAAGAGCUACAUAGAGCAGUGCAUCAAAACGAACAGCGCUGAACCACAGCACCUCACAGAGGACUUCAUAGAGAGUGAAGUGAGAGAAACUAAAAGAUUCACCAAAAAAGAAGAUGACGAGGAUGACAGCAGUGAUACUGAAUCAUCCACACCAGAGACAUCUGACAUAGAUGACCCUAUACUGAAGGAGCUCCUGGAUGAGGGCAGCGAUGUCCGAGUGACAGUUACCUCAGAAGGGCUCAUGAGCAUUUUCCAUACGGAUAACUCAAGUGAGACAACUGAAUUCUACAGCCAGAAAGAAGAGCCACAUCAAGAUUUCUCUGCUCCUGAUUUGCAUCAAUUGUUGAUGACUAACCCUAAUGACUACAAACUUUGUGAACUUGUUAUGAAGAGGUAUGACUCAGGAUAUGCCAGACCGCUAGACCAGCCUACACUGCAUAUCACCAUCAAUGGUAGAAAGAAUGUGGGUCACUCUUUUCCUGGAGAUCAGGUUGUUGUUGAGAUAGACAAACAGAGCAGCCCUCCAAGUGGAAAAGUGAAAGGUGUGCUAAAGAGGGGGGGUUCAUCUUUGUUUGUCUGUACCAUUGAUCAACAUGAUUCUCAGGUGAUGGUUCCAAUCAACAAUUGUGUUUCCAAAAUAUACACGCCAUUUUGGAAGGACAAACCUGACCACAUCGCAAUACGGAACAUUGAAAAUGAUCGCUUGAGGCCAGAAAGGUUUGUGAAGAUAAACGAGGAAACAAAGAGGAAUAAGCUUUUUGUUGUCAAAGUCCUGAAGUGGAGAGAGAGGUUCAGAAACCCUCUGGGAAUUGCUGUAGACGUUCUGUCACAGGUGACAACAUUAGAGGGUGGACUGGAAGUGUUAGACAUAGAAUAUCAACUGAGAAGGGCUCUUAAUUCAUCCAUCCAAGAAGAGCUGAAAAACUACAAGGGCUUUACCCUCAACGGAAAAGGUAGAAAAGAUUACCGUAAAUACAUCACCUUUACCAUUGAUCCAGUGAAUUCAGAAGACAUGGAUGAUGCAAUCAGUGUGAGAGAUUUAGGCCAACAUUAUGAAGUUGGAGUUCACAUUGCAGACAUUGCAAGCUUUGUGAAAAAGGACAGUCCCAUGGACAAAUAUGCUCAGCAACAAGGGACCACAUUCUAUCGCCCUGAGAAAGAACCUGCACAUAUGUUCCCAAAGGACCUCAGUACUGAAUUUUUCAGCCUGCUACCUGGAUGUGAUCGACGGGCUAUUUCUUUGAUGGUGGAAGUUGACAAGAAAACAUACCGCAUCCUGAGACGUGAGUUUUCCCUCUCUGUAAUAUGUUCAGACAGAAAGAUGUCUUAUGAAGAUGCAGAGAAAAUAAUCAAGAAGAAAUGCAAAGGUAGUGAAAGCUGUGACAGUUUAGAGGGCUGCCUUGUUGUAGCAUUCAACUUCUCUGAGGUUCACAGGAAAAACAGGAUGCAGGAGGACAGUUGCUAUAAGAGUCCGGACGAGGAUGUGCACAUAAGUGAAGGAAGGUCCCAUAAAAUGAUAGAAGAACUCAUGAUUAUGUUCAAUCAUGCUGUGUCUGAACAUCUGAUCACUACUGAGGCAACAAAGAGCUUAACUCCUGUCAGAUGUCAAGAUGAGCCUGAUCCAGAGAAGAUGCGCCAAUUGAAAGACAAGUUCAGCUCCCUAAUACCAUUGUCAAUUCACCUUUCCUACCAGUUUAACCACCUUGACGGAAACCAGGAAUUCAUAAGAUCUGCGAGUGAUCAAAGGGCAAUAAGCAUGGGCAAAACAGUCACAGAACACAGAGACUAUGAUGUCAUUCCUGCCUCUGACACCUUCUACGUGCUUAAAUCUUUGAUAGAGGAAAUUGAAUCGGCAGCCCAAAGCAAAGAUAUUUACAAAAUGGCAGUCCUUAUCACAACCGAUGAUAUUCAUCCCCAGCUGCUACCAGUUGUGACUGAAUUAAGGAAGCUUUUCCAAAAGGCAAACAUUCUACGCUCAAAUUCAGUGACUCACUCCAAAAUCGGACACUGUGAUCUGCAGCUAGAGUCAUACACCUGGGCCUCCUCCCCCAUACGCCGCUACAUUGACAUAAUCUUACAAAGAUUACUGCACUCAGUCCUUGAAAACGCAAACAUCAAAUAUACUGUUAAAGAAAUCGACAGAUUCUGUGUGGACUUCUCACAAAAGUAUGAAAAGCAAACUGAGUAUGAAAAAAAAGCACAGUCUCUAAGGCUGGCAUCUCAACUGAGGCAGCAGAGCACAGGAAAGGUGGCAUUCAUCACUGAUGUGGCCUCAACUGGGACAAGUUUCAACUUGUCUUUUCCUUUAAACAGGACCUCAAUGCCACACACACUCUCCAUUAUGUACAGCCACUUGCAGUUGACAGACCAACCAGAGUAUGAUAAAGAAAGCAACUGCAUGACUCUGAAAUGGAUGCGACGGGUGUAUUCUUUCACAAAUGGAAAAAUACGCACCGAGCUGAAGAAACCCCAAUCUGAUGUUCUCAUCGCACCAGUACUAAGAGACACAUGGAAAGAUAUUCUGUCGGCUCUCAGAAUGGAGAAGUGGAAGACUGUACGUGAGUCCAUUCAGAAAAUCCGCUCAAGCAUCACUCAGGACAGUCAAGAACAGCCCAAUGAUUCAAACAGGGAAUGGCAAAUUGUGUCCAGAAAUACAGACAGCGUGGCUAAAACUGAGCCAGAGCACUAUGUCAAGCUGUCGCUGAAACUCAAAGUUGGGGAGAUAAUCCAGGUACAGCUAGGCACAGACUCUCGGCGGGGACUGUUAGUCCCUGUGGUGCAGUUAGUGAAUGUCCAUCCAAAAUUUGAGAUCUGCUUGGAACACAUAAAGAACCCUACCAUGUGUUUUUCCAAGUAUGCAGUCCGUGCAUCAAAGAAACAGUACAUAGACUACAUGGAGUACCAGAAAAUUUGGAAACCCCUUUGUGAAAUGGAAUCAGCUUCAAAUGCUGUGGCCGAAAAUGACAGCAUUGUCCUGGAAGAUGUGAAAGUCACAUGGAAGGGUAAAUCUAAGAACACAUAUCUAAAUGGUUUCUUUCGGUUGCCACUGGAGAAGAAGAAACAAUGGUCCAUUGAGUGUGAUCUUCUGAACUGUUUCUUGUGCUUUCGAUUGAGGGACCUAAAACAGACGAGCACUGAUACACCUGAGGGCACCCAGCCUCCCUCAGAACUUGUGGACACCAAAUCUUUCACAUGGGUAGCCCAUGGCAUGACCACAAAAGUCACAGAUGAGGAAACAUCAAAGCAACUCUCCUAUGUACAGAUACAUUUCAGCCUCAACCAGCUAUCUAUGGAAAACAUUCCAGACAUCGGAAGGAACACAAACCUCACUGUGGAACUGAUCCCAAAACUACUGCCUGAUGCACGCAAAGAGACUGCCAUUGUCAACCUUACUAAAGCCAAUCAACUUGUGAAGAGCAUUGCCCUUGGAAAGACACCAAGAUCUAGAAGUGGUGCAGCAGGUUAUGGACUAAAAAGGUGGAAUUCUGAGCUCAUAAAUCAGUCCUUGGGUUUACCAUGUCCGAAUCCCAGUCAAAGGAAAGCCAUAAAUGAGGCACUGGACAGCCCUUUCACUCUAAUUCAAGGACCACCAGAUAUAUUUCUGUUCUUUGUUAACAUAAGCAACCAUAACAACUGGAGAUCAUUUCCCUCAGGAACUGGGAAAACCGUAGUUGGAGUUCAGGUCGUUUUUUUGUUUGUAAUGCGGAACAAACAAGUCUUAACCUCGUCAAAGAAAACAGACAACAAUGGAGAGAAAAAGAAGGAUGGAUGCAUUCUUUAUUGUGGGCCAUCAAACAAAUCUGUGGAUGUUGUGGCUGAACAUCUCGUGAAACUGAGGGAGGAGCUGAAACCACUACGGGUCUACAGCGAACAGAUGGAGAUGCUGGAGUUUCCUUACCCAGGCAGCCACCUGAAGCUCUCUCGCAAGGCUUUGCGUGAGGAGAAGCCUAACCUAGAACUCAGAUCCAUCACACUGCAUCAUCUGAUACGGGCACAUGGUAACCCACUGGCCAAACAAAUUCAAGCUUUUGAUGCAAGGAUUCAAAAAGGAGAGGAACUCACUGAUGAAGAAAUUGAAAGCUACAAAAAACUCCUGAAUCGUGCUCGACAGCUGGAGCUGGUGAAACAUGAUGUCAUUCUGUGCACCUGCACUGCAGCUUCAAAUCCAAAUAUAACCAAGAUGCUGAAUUUGCAGCAGAUUAUCAUUGAUGAGUGUGCCAUGGCAACAGAGCCAGAGGCCUUCAUACCGCUUGUCAGCCACAAUCCUAACCAGAUUGUUUUACUUGGUGACCACAAGCAAUUGCAGCCCAUUGUACACUGUGAUCUUGGUAAGAGAUUGGGCAUGAGGAAGUCAUUGUUUGAGCGCUACAUGGAGAAAGCUGUGAUGCUCGAUACACAAUACAGAAUGCAUGAGUCCAUUUGCGAGUUUCCCUCCAUGGAGUUCUACGGAGGGCACUUAAAAACGGGGGUAACGCGUGUGCCCAGUGUCCUGCUGACUAAGUCCAGACAGCCGACGCCCAUUGUUUUUGGCCACUUGGAAGGGAAGGAGAUCAGCCUGCUGGUCUCCACAGAGAAAGGGAAUGAAAACUCAAAGGCAAACACGGAGGAAGCUGAACAAUCGGUCCGCGUUGCUUGGCUUCUGAUCUCUCAUGCCCAAGUAGCUCCGAGUAGCAUAGCCAUUCUGACGCCGUACAAUGCCCAGGUUGCCAAGAUAAACGAAAUUCUGUCUGAGAGGCGCAUUCGGGAUGUCAGCGUGAGCACCAUCAUGAAAAGUCAAGGAAGUGAGUGGCGCUAUGUCAUCCUCUCCACCGUGCGUUCCCGUCCUGUUUCGGAGAUUGACAAUGAACCAACCAAAGCGUGGCUGACGCGCCACUUGGGCUUCGUCAUGGAUCCCAACCAAGUCAACGUGGGCCUCACCAGAGCGCAGGAGGGACUCUGCAUCAUAGGGAACAAGAAUUUGCUGCGCUGCAGUGCUCUCUGGAAGAGAUUGCUGAGGCAUUACCAGGAAAAGAACUGUGUGAUGGACUGCGCAAAAGAUAUUCAAGUUCAAAAGCCUGGUGCAAAAACGUUCAAACGUUUCUCCAAAUCCAGAUCUUAGCAUUAAAGUAGGCUAGUUCUAUCUGACACUCAAAAAUGAGUUGUGCACAUGGGAAUAGUUUUUGAGCCUUUUUGCUAUAAAGAUUGGGCUCCUGAAAUUACUUACGUACUAACAUUGUUAUAAUACACCUGUUUGACUAUAUAGAGAGUGCCUAUAUAGAGAGCCCCCUGAGAUUUUAAAUAAAAAUUUACUGAACAUAAAUCCUGUUAAAAACAAAUCCAUGCUGCAUACAACUAAAGAACAUGUAACACAAGAUUGGACAGUACAUUCAAUUUGUGGCAUAUGUUAUAUUAUGUUUAUGUUAUUUUUAUUAUUAUGUACAUUCUUAACUGAAAAAUGUAGCAUGUAUGAAUGCAAUUUCAGUGAUUAGCACCACAGAGUGGGUGCUUGAAGCAAAGUGGGUGCUUAUCUGUAGUUUUGUGAAUCAACAGAAAAUGUAUAAAUUGAACAGACUUGCAUCCAAAUCUUAAUGCACAUUCCUAAUUUAGAAAAAAGUAAUAAUAAUUUUAAAGGUAAAAAUUGUCUUAAAAUAUAUAACUGUUUACGUUACUCUCAAAAUCAAAACAAACUAUCAUCCAUGUACCUAAUCUGUGCAAUACAUAAUUAGAAAAACCAGCUGAAAAGCACUUGCACUUUAAGACAGAUUGUGUAAAUUUAUUGUGUAAUUAGGCGAUGUAUUCCUUUCUAUGGGUAAUUUUGUUUGUAUCUGUGCACUGAACCUCCUACCUGAAGCAGCUGGACAUUAAACAUUUACUGUAAGAGAAAUAUUUAUUAUGCCAAGCUCAAUUGACAUAAUAAAAGUUUUGUAUGUGCUUUA